AUGGCACUGACCCCAAGACAACGAGGAGAACUCCAACGGGCUAUAGCCGAUUACCUCCAUUCAAAUGGCUUUGAACAAGCAUAUUCUGUUUUUAAAACAGAAGCUGAAUUGGAUAUGAAUCAAGAAUUAGAUAAAAAAUGUGCUGGGCUCUUGGAAAAGAAAUGGUCGAUUGUUAUCAGGUUACAAAAGAAGGUUAUGGAUCUAGAAUUCCAACUAAACCAAGCUAAAGAAGAAUUGAAAGCAAACGAGUGCCUUGAACGAAGACAAAAUGCAAUAGAAUGGGUUCCUCUUGUUACCGAAAAACAUUCUCUGAAUGGACACAGUGGUCAGAUGACUAGAGUGAUUUUCCAUCCUGUCUUCACUGUUAUUGCUGUUUCCUUCGAAGAUGCUACAAUUCAAGUCUGGAAUUAUGAGACUGGGGCUUUAGAACAAACUCUUAGAGGCCAUUCAGAUACUAUUCAUGAUAUUUCAUUUGACAACAGUGGGAAAGUGCUUGCCUCUUGCUCUGCAGAUGGUGUCAUCAAAGUAUGGGAUUUUCAGCGUUUUUUCUGUGUUAAAACCAUCUAUGGCCAUGAUCACGACGUUUCUUCAGUAGCCUUCAUGCCCGAUGGAGGUUAUAUAAUCUCUGCCUCACGGGACACAGCCUUAAAGAUGUGGGACAUAAACACGGGCUACUGUGUGAAGACAUUCACUGGCCACACAAAAUGGGUCCGUAUGGCACUACCAAAUCAGGAUGGCACGCUGAUUGCAAGCUGUUCACAUGACCACACCGUCCGUAUUUGGAAUGCAGAUAGUGCGCAGUGCAUGAAUGAGCUUCGGGAGCAUGAGCAUGUGGUGGAGUGCAUUUCUUGGGUGCCAAUAAGUGCGCAUCCUGCUAUUUUGGAAACCAUUGGUGUUGAUUCUAGCAAGUUGGAUCAGCCAGAACUCUUUUUACUAUCUGGUUCAAGAGAUAAGACAAUUAAGAUGUGGAAUAUAAGCACCGGCAAGAGCCUUAUGACCCUAGUGGGUCAUGAUAACUGGGUUCAUGGGAUCUUUGUCCUUCCCCUGGGCACUUUCAUCAUAAGCUGUGCGGAUGACAAGACUAUACGCAUAUGGAAUUAUAAGAACAGACGGUGCAUUAAGACUCUCAAGGCACACAAUAAUUCUGUCUACACCAUGGAUAUCCACAAGAUGACCGGCUAUGUGGUAACCGGCAGCUUGGAUCAUACCAUCAAGUUAUGGGAGUUCCAGAAACCUCAUUGA